GUGUGUGUGUGUGUGUGUGUGUGUGUGUGUCUGUUUGUUUACUCAGACUGAAUUGUCUCCAGCACGUCGGCAGUCAUUCUCACAACAGCAUGAUUUCUCGGAAAUCACCCUGGUCGAGUUUUACAGCGGGUACCUCAAAGAGCAUGCGCAGAAGCGCUCCAGUCCGCCCAGCACAGCGGGAAAAACCCGGAGCGUGCUAUAAAACAGCUACAGUCUGAGCGCAACUGACAGUACAGAAGGCGCGAGCUUCUCUUUACAUAACCUACCCUAUAGUCCUAGGAGCUAUUGCAUUUGCCAUUUUCUUCUAUUUGGAUACAACAUCGGAAUACACUCAACAAUGCCUGUGUCCAGAAUGCGAAUGAGACCCUGGCUAGAGGCCAGAAUUGACUCUAAUACAAUUGCUGGACUUGUGUGGGUUGACAAGGAUCAAAUGAUGUUCUCCAUCCCUUGGAAACAUGCUGCUCGCCAUGGAUGGGAGGUCGACAAAGACGCUUGUCUGUUCAAGCAGUGGGCCAUCCACACAGGUAAAUUCAAGGAGGGAAUUACCCAGCCUGACCCCAAAACAUGGAAAGCAAAUUUCCGCUGCGCCAUGAACUCUCUACCAGACAUCGAAGAGGUAAAGGACAAAAGUGUCAACAAAGGUUGCGGAGCAUUGAGAGUGUACCGCAUGCUGCCUGCCAUGCCCAAGAAGAAAGACAAACGAUCGAAAAAUCGAGACAACAGAAGACGGGCGAAGGCUGCAUUGUCAAAGAUCAAGGCGGAGGACAUGGACACUGAUGAGAUGCAGUCUGAUAAGCACACUUACACACAAAUGGCGGAGGAAAGAAUUACCCAGGAGAACACCAUAGAUAGCACUGAAAAUCUAAACACUGCCAGCCCUACUGUUGACAUCCCAGACAUCUCUGGAUAUGAAGUUGAAAUUGGUCCGGAUAGCACAAACAAUAUUUACACAGCCAAGUUCCAGGUUUCACCAAUUCAUUCUACAGAUUUUGAAGAAAAUGAAACUGACGCUAUAAUUGAGGAGAAGAGCUUGAACUUCGGCUAUAUACUGAACUGAAUCCAGGCCUGCCUGAUGAUCCGCUCUGCACAUACACAGAGAUGUGGGACAGCAACACCAUGCCGAUCAUCUGUACACUCUAAAAACUCUUGGAACUUGUGCAUUUAUCUUACCUCAAACUUCGUCUUACAAACUUUCACCUAAGGACAUUGGUUUGGAAUGGACUCAAACUCAACUCAACCUUGAACCUCAGGAGCAUUAAGGAGGACGUGUCGAGCCAUGCAAUUCUUCUGAACAUUGUCUCAUGCAUACUUCUGGACAUUUUUCAAAUAUGGUUUUUGUUUGUUCCACUGUUAAUUACUCAAGGCCACAAUCCUUAAUUUAGGACACAACUCAAAGGCAUUAUUCCAAUUGCUCUGUUACAUAGAAAUUUCUAAUAUCAGGAGAAUGUUAAAAAAACAGGCCUAUAUUCAGCCUCCUUUGAGUUUAUUAAGCUCUUGCAAUGCAAGAGCUUGAAUGUGAUGUGGUUUUAUUUGAAGGAUGUUUCAGAACCUCUGUUGAAAGGCUAAAAUAGAAACAAAUGUCUGUUUAAAUUGUGGAUUGUGGCAUUGAUAACAGCUUUAUAGCUUUGUGACCAUAUGAUCUCAUUUAAUGUGAAUUUGACAGGAUCCGUUAUAUGUUCAUGUCAGGAAUUUUCUAACAGAUGCAUUUAUUUACCAAUCACCAAAUUUAGCUUUUUGGGGUAUGGGUUGGGGUUCUUAACUGUACAUAAUGUAUAUAUUUAUUUGUAAUAAAAAAAAAAGAUUUAUAA